CAGUCGGGUCUUUACAGAGGUGCACUUUCAUGUUACUUACCAAAUUUGCUCAGAAAACGCUGACAGCAACCGUGUCGCUCCUGUCGAGCGCGUUUAACUCGAUGUAUUUUUAACCCACGGGGCCAGUUUUGGAAACUAAAUCUGUUUUUAUUGUACUUUGAUCGUGUGAAGUUGCUCAAACAGGGACAAGCAAGGUGGCGUGAGCAAGUCAACUUGAUCCCUGGAAGAGGGGAGGAUUUUCCUUGAACCAGUUCUGUGCCGGUUUUGUUGGAGUAUGACUGCUGUCAUGUGCAGUUAGUGGACAUUUUACAUGUUCUUUGACAGAUAGGAGGGAUUACGCUUAUGCUACCCUUCAUCCUCCUCGCUGGAUAUCUAUGGAGAGGGUGUCCUGUACACUCUCACGCAGCUGUUGGGAGUUACUUGCGGCCGAGGCAACACCGUGAGUGUUGAAUUCACCGACCUGGAUAGCAGAAGACGACACACUUAACCUCAUUUGAAUGCCUUUGCAAGGAGUUUGCUGGUUUCUGUGCUGCAGGCAGGGCUUCAGUUUGCUCGGACGGGACUAUGGGGAGAAAGAGGAGGAAGAGUCUUUUGAAUUGCGCAACAAGGAGGACUUGACUCCCAAUGGACGGAGUCCAGCUGAGGUGACUGUUUCUCAACCAACUCACACGGCCAAUGGAACAAAUGGGCACACUGUCUCGGAGGUGUCUGAUGAGAUGAAGAGCCUGAUCAUUGAGAAGAAUAAGAUGGGCCUGGAAGAAGAGCCUGAACUGCUGGUCAAAGGGUGGCUGUUGCGGGAGGUGCGAGGCAACUGGAUCAAGCAGCGUCGGUACUGGUUCGUGCUGAGCCAGGAUUCCCUCGACUACUACAGCGGACCAGAGAAAGGAGCCCGCAGAUUGGGCACGCUGGUCCUCACCAACCUCUGCUCUGUCAUCUGGCCAGACAAGCAGACAUAUAAGGAGACGGGGUACUGGAGCAUCACAGUGUACGGGCGAAAGCAUUGCUACAGGCUAUACACCAAGCACUUCAACGAGGCUGUGCACUGGGCAUGUGCCAUCCAGAAGAUCAUUGAUACCAAAGCACCGGUGGAAACACCAACACAGCUCCUGAUUCGAGACAUUGAGGAGAAUAAGUUCCACCCCGAGGUAGUGGAGCACAUCUACCAGCACAAUCCCAUCCUGAAGUACACCCAGGGUCCCCUGUACGCUCCUCUGCUUCCCUUCCCCUACGGCAGCCUGGAGCACACAUACCACAGUGGGAAAGGCUACGGCUCGGUGCGCGAGGAGGCCGUGAAGCUCUUCAACUGCUUGCAGCAGCUGGAGUCGGCGCGGGAGCCGGUUCCCAUCAUCCAGGGCGUGCUGCAGACCUGCUUGGACCUGCGGCCCCUCCGAGACGAGGUCUACUGCCAGCUCGUGAAGCAGACCAGCUACACACCUGCCCCGUACACUGCCGCACACCUCCGUUACUGGCAGCUUCUCACCUGCAUGAGCUGCACCUUCCUCCCUGGGCCCACCGUGCUCAAGUACCUGCGAUUCCACCUCAAGAGGAUCCAGAGCCAGAGCCCGGAGUCUGAGAUGGAUAACUAUGCGUCAUUCAUCAGCGAGGCUCUGGAGAAGACCAAGUGUCGGGAGUGCGUGCCAUCCUGGGAGGAGAUCCAGAUGCUGAUGAGCCGACAGGAGAUGCUGUGCACGGUGCACUAUCCUGGCCCCGGAUCCUGCCAGCUCUACAUCAGCUCACACACUACAGCCAAUGAGGUGGUUCGAAGGAUGCAGGAGAAGCUCAGCCUACAAGAGAGCAAAAACACGUUUGCACUGUACGAGCAGAAUGCACUGUGGGAGCAGCCGGUAGCAGGCGGCGCUCUGAUCGCCGACAUCUUGACCAGGUUUGAAAACCUCUCCACCAAAGAGUCAGAGUCCAAAUCCCAAUGGAGGCUGUGUUUCAAGCUCUACUGCCUGUUGGAUGCUGACAGCAUAUCAGUGGACAGCAUUGAGUAUCUUCUCCUCUUUGAGCAGUGCCAUGAGAUGGUGGUGCGUGGCCAGCUGCCAGCCUGUGAAGAGGACCUGCAGGCCUUAGCCGCCCUGAGGCUUCAGUGUCUGAUGGGUGACUUCAGCACACACGCCCCCUGCCCGCCCCUGGACGAGCUUUUCCCAGGUCACAUGCUAGAAGCUCGAGUCCUCAUGUCCCUCUCUGCGCCCCAAGCCCUGCCUCCCUGUCAGGUGGCGGCCCAGGGCUGCCCCGGGACACAGCGCUUCCCAUCAGGCCUCUUCGCGGGGACGCUGUGGAGCCACACAGCCACAGCUGCGCACAAGCAAAAGGUGGAGCAGGACAUGCGUCUGCGGAGCCGGCUGAAGGAGGAGGCGGCGGCUGUCAUGGGAUCCAUCUUGGAGCGUUGGAAAGGUCUGGCCGGCUACAGCCGCAGGGACGGUAUGGCUGCCUACCUCACAAUUGCGCGCCAGUGGUCGGGCUUUGGAUGCACUCUUUAUGAAGUGGACUUUUAUAUUAGUUCAACAGGAAGUUUUUCCCAGAAGUUGUGGUUGGGUGUAGCUGCUACAUCCGUGUCUCUGUAUCGGCAGGGAGAGGCAGAGGCCCUAGAGUCCUUCCCGUAUGGCCAGAUCUGUUCCUACGGCGUAUCUGAUAGCAACACCUUCAAGAUCACAGCUGGGGAUCGGGAUCUGCUGUUUGAAACCACGAAGCUGACUGAGAUCAUGCAGCUGAUGAAUGCGUAUUUCAGUGCCAUCCGUCGCCAGCGAGGGAAAGGGGAAGAUGCAGACAUCACCAUAGCAGAAAGCACAGAGGUGGGAUUCCAUCACCUGGCCUCCACACUGACACCCACCCUCCUGGAGCUGCCCUCGCACCCUGUUUGAGUGGGACCCUCACCCAGACACCCCCAGCCCCCGCUGCCCUGCUCCACGUGGCCCCUGUGAGGCCCAGCCCCGGUCCUCAGGACACCACGCCUCCUCCACUGGGAACGGCACGGCAGCCAAAACAAAGAGAGCGCUGUUUUCACUCCCCAUCCGUGAAAAUAAACCCUCGCUGAGCUUUCCAGCUGAAGGAGCUGGCCGAA